AUUCGAGCAACUGUAAAUAGCCAAGAGCAGAAGAGAUUACUUAUGGAUCUUGACAUCUCCAUGAGAACUGUAGACUGCCCAUUUACUGUUACUUUCUAUGGUGCUCUUUUUAGAGAGGGUGAUGUCUGGAUAUGUAUGGAAUUGAUGGACACAUCAUUGGACAAAUUCUAUAAAAAAGUUAUAGAGAAAGGUCAGACAAUACCUGAAGAUAUACUUGGAAAAAUUACAGUGUCUAUUGUGAAAGCUUUGGAGCAUUUACACAGCAAGUUGCGUGUUAUUCAUAGAGAUGUAAAACCAUCUAAUGUUCUCAUCAAUAAAGAGGGCCACGUAAAGAUGUGUGAUUUUGGUAUUAGCGGUCAUCUUGUAGAUUCAGUAGCAAAAACCAUGGAUGCUGGUUGUAAACCAUAUAUGGCUCCAGAAAGAAUAAAUCCAGAGUUAAAUCAGAAAGGAUAUAAUGUUAAAUCAGAUGUUUGGAGUCUUGGAAUUACAUUGAUUGAAUUGGCAAUUCUGCGGUUUCCUUAUGAGUCUUGGGGGACACCAUUUCAGCAGCUAAAGCAGGUGGUGGAGGAACCAUCCCCUCAGCUUCCUGCUGACCGUUUUUCUAAAGAAUUUGUUGAUUUCACAUCACACUGUUUGAAGAAGAAUCCUGCAGAAAGAAUGAGCUAUGUGCAACUCAUGGGUCAUCCUUUUUUUAAUAUACAUGAUGCCAAGGAUACAGAUGUUGCUUCUUUCGUACAAGAGAUUUUGGGAGAUGACCCAAACUGACCUUAUGUUUCAUCCAGUAGAGCUGCUGAUUAUUUAAUAUCUUUACCCUGUUUAGUUGAGAGAGGGACAUUACAGUGGUUUGCACUGGCUACUUGAUCUUCACCUUUCAGUAUGUUUACAUAGUGCUUUAGAAGGCACUAUCUGACACUGCUGUUGAUUUAUUUUGAAACCUGUAAGCAGCCAAGUACAUGAAAAAGGAAGUACGUAAAGCAACCAAACUGAAUGAAACUGCUUGACUUUCAGACUGCAAAAACCUGCGGACCAGUAAAAGAGGAACAUUGAAGCUGAAUGUAUUUUAACCUACUUUUUAUAAUUGAUUAUAGACUAUGAAUUGUUUUCUACAUUAUUUGGGGGGAUGCAUAUUGGCAUGAACAUGAAAUCCCACACGCAGUCGCACACUAUCUUCUGCUUUUUGCCAGUAUGGAAUUAUAACAGCAGAACGUGGUGAAUUUUAACGCUCAUUAGGACACAGUGCAAAGACUUUGUUUCAUGUCAUGAGACAGGUACAAGUACCCUUGCAGCUAGAUUCCUGCAGGUGCUUUUAUUUUCUGUCUUAAUGCAGCCAAAUAACUGAAACAUUUUAUUUAAACAUAGGUGGUUUAAUAAGGAGGUUUUGUUUUGAUGACAAAAAAAAAAAAAAAAACAAAACUAUGAUUGUUGGUGGCAGUACCUUUGAAAAACUGCUUAUAGACCAAUCAAUUUGUUUUAAUGAUUUUAUGUGCUGUCACAGAUAAGUAAUUGGAUUUGAUCGCAUGAACUGCCUUGUAAAAAUGUUUUUAAGCUAUAAUGUUUUUAUCUGAGCCUGUGUGCAUACCAGAAUAACUCCAAGCUGAUGUUUUUUGCCAACUUGAUGUAGACAUGUGUUUCUGGAGUUGCCUGUUAAAUGUAAAAGAAAAUUAAGUAUUUUUUUCAGCA